GGGGCUGAACAAUAGAGACGGGCGGACGGGCGAGGAGAGGCAGCUGCCGCUGCCGGGCACCGCGGGCGCGCAGGCAGCCGGGACCCCGGCUCCGGGCCCGGGCCAGACCGCAGGCGGCCAGCGCCCCGAGGGAGGGGGACCAUGGGGGGAGCGGCGGCAGGCGCCCCCAGCCCGCCGCACGCCGCCGCCUGAGAAGGGCUCGGCGACCCCCGCCGCAGCCCCUCCGCCCCGAGCCCGAGCCCGGGAGCCCCGCGGCCGCCGGCUCCGCGGCCACGGCCGCCGCGCCCUCCGCCCACUGGGCGCCGCGCCGCCCUCGGCCCCAGGCUUCGCCGGCGCCCGGCUGCCCGCGGACGCCCUCCCCCCAGUCAUGAACCCCCCGGAGGGGGCAUCGGAGGAAGGGGGAGCCGCCGACUCCGACGUGGACGCUUUUUUCCGGACAGGAUCUUUUCGGAAUGAUGGUUUGAAAGCUUCUGAUGUCCUUCCCAUCCUAAAGGAGAAAGUGGCCUUUGUGUCUGGGGGGCGUGAUAAGCGAGGCGGUCCCAUCCUGACCUUCCCUGCCCGAAGCAAUCAUGACAGAAUAAGACAGGAAGACCUGCGGAAACUCGUGACGUAUUUGGCCAGCGUGCCAAGUGAGGACGUUUGCAAACGUGGCUUCACCGUCAUCAUCGACAUGCGGGGCUCCAAGUGGGACCUCAUCAAGCCCCUCCUCAAGACGCUGCAGGAAGCCUUUCCCGCCGAGAUCCAUGUGGCCCUCAUCAUCAAGCCCGACAACUUCUGGCAGAAGCAGAAGACCAACUUCGGCAGCUCCAAAUUCAUCUUCGAGACAAGCAUGGUGUCCGUGGAGGGCCUCACGAAGCUGGUGGACCCCUCCCAGCUGACGGAGGAGUUUGACGGUUCCCUGGAUUACAACCACGAGGAAUGGAUCGAGUUGCGCCUCUCCCUGGAGGAGUUCUUCAACAGCGCCGUACACCUGCUCUCACGCCUCGAGGACCUGCAGGAGAUGCUGGCCCGGAAGGAGUUCCCUGUGGAUGUGGAGGGCUCUCGGAGGCUUAUCGACGAGCACACGCAACUUAAGAAAAAGGUGCUGAAGGCCCCUGUGGAGGAGCUGGACCGCGAGGGGCAGCGGCUGCUGCAGUGCAUCCGCUGCAGCGACGGCUUCUCGGGGCGUAACUGCAUCCCAGGGAGCGCCGACUUCCAGAGCCUCGUACCCAAGAUCACCAGCCUUCUGGACAAGCUGCAUUCCACCCGACAACACCUGCACCAGAUGUGGCACGUGCGAAAGCUCAAGCUGGACCAGUGCUUCCAGCUGCGGCUCUUCGAGCAGGAUGCCGAGAAGAUGUUUGACUGGAUAAGCCACAACAAGGAGUUAUUUCUUCAGAGCCACACGGAGAUCGGAGUCAGCUACCAGCAUGCAGUAGACCUCCAGACACAGCACAAUCACUUUGCUAUGAACUCCAUGAACGCCUAUGUCAACAUCAACCGCAUCAUGUCUGUCGCUUCCCGCCUCUCAGAGGCCGGCCAUUACGCCUCCCAGCAAAUCAAGCAGAUCUCCACGCAACUAGACCAGGAGUGGAAGAGCUUCGCUGCGGCCCUGGACGAACGCAGCACCAUCCUGGCCAUGUCUGCUGUGUUCCACCAGAAGGCAGAGCAGUUUCUGUCAGGAGUGGAUGCCUGGUGCAAGAUGUGCAGCGAAGGCGGCCUUCCGUCUGAGAUGCAGGACCUGGAGCUGGCAAUCCACCACCACCAGUCCUUGUAUGAGCAGGUGACCCAGGCCUACACAGAGGUCAGCCAGGAUGGCAAAGCCCUGCUGGAUGUCCUGCAGCGUCCCCUGAGUCCUGGCAACUCUGAGUCCCUCACGGCCACAGCCAACUACUCCAAGGCGGUACACCAGGUGCUGGACGUGGUACACGAGGUGCUGCACCACCAGCGGCGGCUCGAGAGCAUCUGGCAGCACCGCAAAGUGCGGCUUCACCAGCGGCUGCAGCUGUGCGUCUUCCAGCAGGAUGUGCAGCAGGUGUUGGACUGGAUUGAAAACCACGGCGAGGCCUUUCUCAGCAAACACACUGGGGUCGGGAAGUCCCUGCAUCGAGCUCGGGCGCUACAGAAGAGGCACGACGACUUCGAAGAAGUGGCUCAGAAUACAUACACCAACGCCGACAAGCUCCUAGAAGCCGCGGAGCAGCUGGCUCAGACUGGGGAAUGUGACCCGGAGGAGAUCUACAAGGCAGCCAGACACCUGGAGGUGCGCAUCCAAGACUUCGUGCGCAGGGUGGAGCAGCGGAAGCUCCUCCUGGACAUGUCGGUCUCCUUCCACACACACACCAAAGAGCUGUGGACAUGGAUGGAAGAUCUGCAGAAGGAGGUGCUGGAGGAUGUCUGUGCAGACUCCGUGGAUGCGGUCCAGGAACUGAUCAAGCAGUUCCAGCAGCAGCAGACCGCCACCCUGGACGCCACUCUCAAUGUCAUCAAGGAAGGCGAAGACCUUAUCCAGCAGCUCAGGUCAGCGCCUCCCUCCCUGGGGGAGCCCACCGAGGCCAGGGACUCCGCUGUAUCCAACAACAAGACGCCUCACAGUAGUUCUAUCAGCCACAUCGAGUCUGUCCUCCAGCAGCUGGACGAUGCUCAGGUGCAGAUGGAAGAGCUGUUUCACGAGCGGAAGAUCAAGCUGGACAUCUUCCUGCAGCUGCGCAUCUUUGAACAGUACACCAUCGAGGUAACAGCAGAGCUGGACGCCUGGAAUGAGGACCUGCUCCGGCAGAUGAACGACUUCAACACAGAGGAUCUGACCCUGGCGGAGCAGCGGCUACAGCGCCACACAGAACGGAAGCUCGCCAUGAACAACAUGACCUUUGAGGUCAUCCAGCAGGGCCAGGACCUACACCAAUACAUCAUGGAAGUGCAGGCCUCAGGAAUCGAGCUGAUCUGUGAGAAGGACAUUGACCUGGCGGCUCAGGUGCAGGAGCUACUGGAGUUUCUCCACGAGAAGCAGCAUGAGUUGGAGCUCAACGCGGAGCAGACGCACAAGCGGCUAGAGCAGUGUCUCCAGCUGCGGCACCUCCAGGCCGAGGUCAAGCAGGUUCUGGGGUGGAUCCGAAAUGGAGAGUCGAUGCUGAACGCCAGCCUGGUCAAUGCCAGCUCCUUGUCUGAGGCAGAGCAGCUGCAGCGGGAGCAUGAACAGUUCCAACUAGCCAUCGAGUCCCUCUUUCAUGCCACUUCCUUGCAGAAGACGCACCAGAGCGCCCUGCAGGUGCAGCAGAAGGCGGAGGCACUGCUCCAGGCCGGCCACUACGACGCCGACGCCAUCCGGGAAUGUGCCGAGAAGGUGGCCCUCCACUGGCAACAGCUCAUGCUCAAGAUGGAAGACCGGCUGAAACUGGUCAAUGCCUCUGUGGCCUUUUACAAGACCUCUGAGCAGGUAUGCAGUGUUCUGGAGAGCCUAGAGCAAGAGUACCGGAGGGACGAGGACUGGUGCGGCGGGCGAGACAAGCUGGGGCCCGCGGCAGAGAUGGACCACGUCAUUCCGCUCCUCAGCAAGCAUCUGGAACAGAAGGAGGCCUUCCUGAAGGCCUGCACUCUGGCACGGAGGAACGCUGAGGUGUUCCUUAAGUACAUCCACAGGAACAAUGUGAGCAUGCCCAGUGUUGCCAGCCAUACCAGGGGACCUGAGCAGCAAGUGAAAGCCAUCUUGAGCGAGCUCUUGCAGAGGGAGAAUCGCGUCCUGCACUUCUGGACCCUGAAGAAGCGGCGGUUAGACCAGUGUCAGCAAUAUGUGGUGUUCGAGCGCAGCGCUAAGCAGGCGCUAGACUGGAUCCAAGAAACAGGAGAAUAUUACCUCUCAACACAUACCUCCACUGGAGAGACCACGGAGGAGACUCAGGAGCUGCUCAAAGAGUAUGGCGAAUUCAGGAUACCUGCCAAGCAAACGAAAGAGAAGGUAAAGCUUCUGAUCCAGCUGGCGGAUAGCUUCGUGGAAAAGGGCCACAUCCACGCCACAGAGAUACGGAAAUGGGUGACCACGGUGGACAAGCACUACCGGGAUUUCUCCCUGAGGAUGGGGAAGUACCGGUACUCCCUGGAGAAAGCCCUGGGUGUCAACACAGAGGAUAACAAGGACCUAGAGCUGGACAUCAUCCCAGCAAGCCUCUCAGACCGCGAGGUCAAGCUCCGGGACGCUAACCAUGAGGUCAACGAAGAGAAGCGGAAGUCAGCUCGGAAGAAAGAAUUCAUUAUGGCUGAACUGCUCCAGACGGAGAAAGCUUAUGUAAGGGACUUACACGAGUGCCUGGAGACCUACCUGUGGGAAAUGACCAGCGGCGUGGAGGAGAUACCCCCCGGCAUCCUCAAUAAAGAGCACAUCAUCUUUGGCAACAUCCAGGAGAUCUACGACUUCCAUAACAACAUCUUCCUCAAAGAGCUGGAGAAGUACGAGCAGCUGCCUGAGGAUGUGGGACACUGCUUUGUCACCUGGGCGGACAAAUUUCAGAUGUAUGUCACCUACUGUAAAAACAAGCCUGAUUCCAACCAGCUGAUCCUGGAGCAUGCAGGCACCUUCUUUGAUGAGAUCCAGCAGCGGCACGGCCUGGCCAACUCCAUCUCUUCCUACUUGAUUAAGCCUGUGCAGAGGGUGACAAAGUACCAGCUGCUCCUGAAGGAACUCUUAACUUGCUGUGAAGAAGGGAAAGGGGAGCUCAAGGAUGGCCUGGAGGUGAUGCUCAGUGUCCCCAAGAAAGCCAAUGAUGCCAUGCAUGUCAGCAUGCUGGAAGGGUUCGAUGAGAACUUGGAUGUACAGGGGGAGUUGAUUCUCCAGGAUGCCUUUCAAGUGUGGGACCCAAAGUCGCUGAUCCGGAAGGGGCGGGAGCGGCACCUGUUCCUCUUUGAGAUCUCCUUGGUGUUUAGCAAGGAGAUCAAAGACUCUUCAGGACACACGAAAUAUGUUUACAAGAACAAGCUACUGACCUCAGAGCUGGGUGUGACCGAGCACGUAGAAGGUGACCCCUGCAAAUUCGCCUUGUGGUCUGGGCGCACCCCAUCCUCAGACAAUAAAACAGUGCUCAAAGCUUCCAACAUCGAAACCAAGCAGGAGUGGAUCAAGAACAUUCGAGAAGUGAUCCAGGAAAGGAUCAUUCACCUUAAAGGAGCUUUAAAGGAACCAAUCCAGCUCCCCAAAACACCAGCCAAACUGAGGAACAAUAGUAAGAGAGAUGGACUAGAGGAUGGUGACAGCCAGGGGGAUGGGAGCAGCCAGCCGGACACCAUAUCCAUCGCCUCCAGGACCUCUCAGAACACAGUGGACAGUGACAAGCUCUCAGGUGGCUGCGAGCUGACGGUGGUCCUGCAGGACUUCAGCGCGGGCCACAGCAGUGAGCUCAGCAUCCAGGUGGGACAGACAGUGGAGCUGCUGGAGCGACCCAGUGAGAGGCCCGGCUGGUGUCUGGUCCGCACCACGGAGCGAAGCCCCCCGCAGGAAGGCCUGGUCCCCAGCAGCGCCCUGUGCAUCUCACACUCACGAAGCAGCGUGGAGAUGGACUGCUUCUUCCCCUUGGUGAAAGAUUCAUACUCUCAUUCCGCCAGUGAAAAUGGAGGCAAGUCCGAGUCCGUGGCCAACCUACAGUCUCAGCACUCCUUAAACUCCAUCCACAGCUCUCCUGGUCCCAAGCGCUCCACCAACACCCUUAAAAAGUGGCUGACCAGCCCCGUGCGCCGGCUCAACAGUGGGAAAGCGGAUGGAAACAUCAAAAAGCAGAAAAAAGUACGUGAUGGGCGGAAGAGCUUCGACCUGGGAUCCCCCAAGCCUGGGGAUGAGACGACCCCUCAGGGAGACAGCGCUGAUGAGAAGAGCAAGAAGGGUUGGGGUGAAGAUGAGCCAGAUGAAGAGUCACACACCCCACUCCCUCCACCCAUGAAGAUCUUUGACAACGACCCGACCCAGGAUGAGAUGUCCUCCUCUUUGCUAGCAGCCCGGCAGGCUUCCACUGAAGUACCAACUGCUGCAGACCUUGUCAGUGCAAUAGAAAAGUUGGUCAAAAGCAAGCUGACUCUGGAAGGAGGCUCUUACCGGGGGAGUUUGAAGGACCCUACCGGCUGCCUGAAUGAGGCCAUGACCCCUCCCACACCGCCUAGAAACCUGGAAGAAGAACAGAAAGCCAAGGCUCUGAGAGGCAGGAUGUUUGUUCUGAAUGAGUUGGUACAGACAGAGAAGGACUACGUCAAGGACCUGGGGAUUGUGGUGGAGGGCUUCAUGAAGAGAAUAGAAGAGAAGGGGGUCCCUGAGGAUAUGCGAGGGAAGGACAAGAUUGUGUUUGGAAACAUCCACCAGAUUUACGACUGGCAUAAAGACUUUUUCCUGGCUGAACUGGAAAAAUGUAUCCAAGAGCAAGACAGAUUGGCCCAGCUCUUCAUUAAACAUGAGCGGAAGCUGCACAUCUAUGUAUGGUACUGCCAGAACAAGCCACGCUCCGAGUACAUCGUGGCUGAAUACGACUCCUACUUUGAGGAGGUGAAACAAGAGAUCAAUCAAAGGCUGACCCUUAGCGACUUCCUCAUCAAGCCCAUUCAGAGAAUAACAAAAUAUCAGUUGCUACUCAAGGACUUCCUGCGAUACAGUGAGAAGGCUGGUUUGGAGUGUUCAGAUAUCGAGAAAGCAGUGGAGUUAAUGUGCCUUGUUCCCAAGCGCUGCAAUGACAUGAUGAAUCUGGGGCGCCUGCAGGGCUUUGAGGGCACCCUGACCGCCCAGGGCAAGCUUCUGCAGCAAGACACGUUCUAUGUGAUCGAGCUGGAUGCCGGCAUGCAGUCCCGGACCAAGGAGAGGCGGGUGUUUCUCUUUGAGCAGAUCGUCAUCUUCAGUGAACUACUCCGGAAAGGAUCCCUCACCCCAGGCUACAUGUUUAAAAGGAGCAUCAAGAUGAAUUACUUGGUCUUGGAAGAAAAUGUCGACAAUGACCCCUGCAGAUUUGCACUCAUGAACAGGGAGACUUCCGAAAGGGUCAUUCUGCAAGCUGCCAACCCAGACAUCCAGCAGGCGUGGGUGCAGGACAUCAAUCAAGUCCUAGAGACACAGAGGGACUUCUUAAAUGCACUACAGUCGCCCAUUGAGUAUCAGCGGAAGGAAAGGAGCACAGCCGUGAUCCGGUCCCAGCCGCCUAGAGUGCCGCAAGCCAGCCCCAGGCCCUACUCCUCUGUCCCCGUGGGCUCAGAGAAGCCCCCCAAGGGCUCCAGCUACAACCCGCCUCUGCCACCCCUGAAGAUAUCUACCUCCAACGGCAGUCCCGGGUUCGACUACCACCAGCCGGGGGACAAGUUUGAAGCUAGCAAGCAGAACGACCUGGGGAGCUGCAACGGGACCUCGUCCAUGGCCGUCAUCAAGGACUACUAUGCUCUGAAGGAGAAUGAAAUCUGUGUGAGCCAAGGGGAGGUGGUCCAGGUCCUCGCCGUCAACCAGCAAAACAUGUGUCUGGUGCACCAGCCCGCCAGCGAUCACUCCCCAGCAGCAGAGGGCUGGGUCCCGGGCAACAUCCUGGCACCCCUCACCAAAGCCACGGCAGCCGCAGAAAACAGCGAUGGGAGCAUCAAGAAGUCAUGCUCAUGGCAUACUCUACGCAUGAGAAAGCGGGCAGAAGUGGAGAACACGGGUAAAAAUGAAGCCACAGGGCCUCGUAAACCCAAGGAUAUUCUGGGCAACAAAGUCUCUGUUAAAGAGACCAACAGUUCCGAGGAGUCAGAGUGUGAUGAUCUUGACCCUAAUACUAGUAUGGAGAUCUUAAAUCCAAAUUUCAUCCAAGAAGUGGCUCCAGAAUUCCUUGUGCCCUUGGUAGACGUCACCUGCUUGCUCGGGGACACGGUGCUGCUGCAGUGCAAGGUCUGUGGGCGGCCCAAGCCCACUGUCACCUGGAAGGGUCCAGACCAGAGCAUCCUAGACACGGACAACAGUUCAGCCGCGUACACCAUAUCCUCCUGUGAUUCUGGGGAAAUCACCCUCAAGAUCUGCAACCUGAUGCCCCAGGACAGUGGGAUUUAUACCUGCAUAGCAACAAAUGACCAUGGAACGGCAUCCACGUCGGCGACAGUUAAGGUGCAAGGUGUUCCUGCGGCUCCCAAUCGCCCCAUCGCACAGGAGAGGAGCUGCACCUCGGUCAUCCUCCGCUGGCUACCCCCAGCCAGCACUGGAAACUGCACUAUUUCAGGAUACACGGUGGAGUACCGCGAGGAAGGUUCCCAGGUCUGGCAGCAGUCCAUAGCUUCGACCUUGGACACUUACCUCGUCAUUGAAGACCUGAGUCCUGGGUGCCCUUAUCAGUUCAGGGUCAGCGCCAGCAACCCCUGGGGCAUCAGCCUUCCCAGUGAGCCCUCGGAGUUUGUCCGCCUUCCAGAGUAUGAUGCAGCCGCCGACGGCGCCACCAUCUCUUGGAAGGAAAAUUUUGAUUCUGCUUACACUGAACUGAACGAGAUUGGCAGAGGCCGUUUCUCUAUUGUGAAGAAAUGCAUUCACAAAGCUACCCGCAAAGAUGUUGCUGUGAAAUUUGUGAGCAAAAAAAUGAAGAAGAAGGAGCAGGCCGCCCACGAGGCUGCCCUGCUUCAGCACCUGCAGCAUCCCCAGUAUGUCACUCUCCAUGACACCUACGAGUCCCCCACAUCCUACAUCCUGAUUUUGGAACUGAUGGAUGACGGCCGACUCUUGGACUACCUUAUGAAUCACGAUGAGCUGAUGGAAGAAAAAGUGGCCUUCUAUAUCCGAGACAUCAUGGAAGCUCUUCAGUACCUUCACAGCUGCAGGGUUGCCCAUUUGGACAUAAAGCCCGAAAACCUGCUCAUUGACCUGCGGAUCCCAGUGCCUCGGGUGAAGCUCAUCGACCUGGAAGACGCUGUCCAGAUCUCGGGCCACUUCCACAUCCAUCACCUGCUGGGCAACCCUGAGUUUGCUGCCCCGGAAGUGAUCCAAGGCAUCCCUGUCUCCCUGGGCACAGACAUCUGGAGCAUCGGGGUUCUGACGUAUGUCAUGCUGAGUGGGGUGUCCCCCUUCUUAGAUGAGAGCAAAGAGGAGACCUGUAUCAACGUGUGCAGGGUGGACUUCAGCUUCCCCCACGAGUACUUCUGCGGCGUGAGCAACGCUGCCAGGGACUUCAUCAACGUCAUCUUACAGGAGGAUUUCCGGAGGCGGCCCACAGCAGCCACGUGCCUGCAGCAUCCGUGGCUGCAGCCUCACAAUGGCAGCUACUCCAAGAUCCCCCUGGACACCUCCCGCCUGGCCUGCUUCAUAGAGCGCCGCAAGCACCAACAUGACGUGCGGCCCGUUCCCAACGUCAAGAACUACAUCGUCAACAGGGUGAACCAAGGGACCUAGCCGUCUCCCACCCCAGGUUUCACAUAGAAGCGCGGUGUGAACCAAAGCGAGACUGAACGUGUCUGUAAAUAACUCUCUCCAUCAUUUCACUCCAUGUGGUUCUCUGGACUGAGGGAGGGUCCUCUUAAAACUUGUCUGUGGUCACUGGGGCGGGGGUGUGGGCAGGGUCAAGGUCACCUUAAUCCCAGGAGCACUCCAGAAGGUCAUGCUGAAGAAGUUAAGAGGCAGAAGUUGCAGGAAGCAUGAAAAGAAAGGGCAAGGCUGAUGAGAUGGUAGUUGGCAUAAAAAUGUUAAUUGUACAUUCCAAAAUGGGCGGUUAAGGGGGCAAACUGUUCACCCACUGUGAGGAGGAUGGUAGGUCUCUGACUCCCUUGAAAAGUUAAGCAAAAAGUUCUAUUUAACAGAGAUUUCAACUAUUCUGCUUUAGAUGGCUUAGAUAUAGUUUCUUAACAGGAUACAUAUACACAUACAGUAUACUAGAUCCCAUUCAGGUUUCAGAGUUUUAUAAUAUAGAGUUCUAUAUGAAAUCAAUCAUAAGUAACUUUGAGUGCUCCCGUUACGACCGUAAUUUAUUUACCGAAGCAUUGCAUUAUUUUGACUAAGCACAACUAGAUGACGAGUUUUUUAGAGCAUUUUAUAAAUCUUGUAUAGAAAUCUUUUAUCAGAACCUGUGUAUUAAGAGAAAGCAAUGUGACCCCUUUUGCGAUCUGUGAAUGAGAUAUUUUUUUCUCCAUCAUGGGUUGCUCGACUAAGAUAGGUUCUGUGUAUCAAAAGCUCCCACCCUGAACUCACUGGCAGCUCAGAGUUCCUCCCAUGGGAGAGCCUGCCAGGAAAUAAAUCCAAAUCUAAUAAGAGUUGGGGGUUUGUUUUUAUGUCCCGCUGGGCCUGACAUAGGUAAAUAGGUAAAUGAAUAUCACAAACUUCAUCCGAAAGGGCACAUAGAAACUUUUCCUACAGUUCCUGUGAACAACGUAGCAGCUCUUUCUGAUUUCAUAGCUGUAGAAUACCGUUUUCAGAAAAUCAGCUUGCUUAUACCUAACCCCUCAUAAAGCUUCGGGGUGCUUACCAAAAGGAGGCAGCCAUAUUAGCCUUUUAAAGGCUAGUUCUAAGUCCUUUCUGAAGCCAUGGAGCAAAGCCUGAUCCAUCACUCUAAUACAGCAUGGGUUUUUAACUGUGAUAGCAAUACCUAUCACCACACAGCCACCGACGUCUCUGGACUAAAGGGACUAAUUAUAUGUGAGGUCAAUGCUGCUUUCUCCAUACAAGAUUAUUAUGCCCGGUGCCCUCUGGAGGAAAAACAAAUUUACCAGGGCAUUUCAUGGUUUUUUGGUUUGUGUUUUUUUUGUUUGUUUGUUUGUUUGUUUAUCCUGUUUUUUGUUCUUUUUUUUUUGUCAGUUUUAGAGUGGUAGAGGGGUUUUUGUUAUUUUGUGUUUGUACAUGAUCCACCCUUUUGUUUUCUAGAGUGUGUUUUAAAAAUUGCUUGGAUGCAAAUAAUACUCUUAAAAAAAUAGAACUGAAGUGUUUAUGUAAAUCAGGUUCCAUGUCAUCCUGUCUCUCCUGCUAGUCGGACUGAGAACACUGAACUCAUGUAGCACAAAGUGCAGUCAGGGAAAAUGGAACUGCAAAAGUACUUAAACUAUUUAAAGAAGAAAUCAUGGGAACAGCCUGAACUUUAAUGCAUAAAAACACUUAUUCCCAUGGUGGAAAUAUAGAAUUAAAGUACUCGUCAUCACCCCCCCCAUCGGUUUCAAAGUCGGAUUACCCAUCAUCUAUCCUCCAUCUGGUCUCAUCCAAGAUUAUAGAGAAGUAAAUUCGUAGAAAGUAAAAGCAAUAAGACUAGAUAGCACCUAGUAUUUUGGGGAUUAACCAAAUAUGUGGAAACCGACUCUGACUGUAUAGCUUCCUUGUCUCUGGGAGUCCUUGGGUCAUCAGGCCUCACUCCCUCAGAGCUUGCUUACUGCCACAUUUUUCCUUUAAACCGUGAUGUGCACACAGAUACACAACCACUGAUAUGAUCGUUAGAACGUGCUUACUAAAGCUCUUCUAGCAAACAAGUCUCUAGUAUGAAAUGCAGUAUUAAGGCCUGGGCCAGAGGGCUUGUUGUAAGAUAAAAUGCAGGCUCUGAGGACUCCAGAGACCCAGAAAGUGAUGAGGCCAGCUCAGUUCUGCCCACUUGUUCACUAUGCCUUGAAAGAAGGGCUUCCUGCUGAGUCGCUUACAAUUGUUUUGACCCGUCUGAGUUUCUGCUAGGGAGGAACAGCCUAUGACUAUGAUGUGCAGAGGCUACAGAAGGGCCAUCUUGGGAGAUGACGGAACGCUACACAGAGCCAAAGUUUUCACAGCCACGUUUGUGUCAGAGUUGGGAUGGUCCGAACAUGGAGCUGCACAGAAUUGCCCCAAGGACACAGGGAAGACAGGAAAGGACAGACAGAAGGGACGUCCUAAGAGAAAGGGAGCAUACUUUGUGUAGUUUGUGAUGACUGAAAUGAAAAGUUGGGGCGCAGGGGGGGAGGUCCUAUCUGCAAAGCGCCUGGUCCCUCCAACAGGGGAGACUACGGUCUUGGCUCAAGAAUUCUCCCUCACAAGCUGGGAAUUGGGAGGAAUCCCAUUGACAGGGAUAGGAAAUAUGGUUUGGGGUGCAGUUGUGCUCAACUGUGGCUGCUCUCCUACACCUGCUUAGGCAGGGAGGUUUAGUCCUAGGAGAGGAGAGAGGAGAGGGGAGAAAAUCUCCCACUCCUAAUACCAUCCCAGUUGUUCUUACUGAGAGCAAACAGCCAGCUGACCCCAGGAGAACAACAGUGCUGGUGAAAGUCAUAGAUUUCCUGUUUGGCUUGUAUCCAUCAUUUUGAGCUCUUUUGUUUUAUGUUAAAAAAAAAAAAAAAAAGUAGGGUACAGAAAGAUGGAAAAGAUCAGGACCACUCCAGGAUCCCUGAGGAGAAAUCUAGUAAUUUUUGCACCUUUUACAUUCGUUUUGAAUUAAACAGAUUUCUAUCCACUGAAAACUGAAUGUGGUUAAAAACUGUUAAGAAAAAAACAAAACAAAACAUCAUGCUGUUGGAUGUGUCCUUCAGGUCUCUACCAGCCAUAAGCAACCUAAGUGGGGGUGAAGGGGACAGAGGGCAAGCUUGCUUCACAGCUUUGUGCUUCGCAAAGCCUUUAUAAACAGUAGUGCCUUUCAGAGGGGAGGUGGAGAGUGAAGAAGUUAGUGAACUGCAUUUAGAUUUGCUGAUACUGCAGUAUUUUUUUUUCCCCUUAGGUUUAAGAUGUCUUCUUAAUGAAAACAUCUGAAUGUAGGAGGGGACCAGGAAUUUCUGAGUAUCUAUCUCAGCUAAUUCUAAAUUCAUUCUUUCUUCCAGAAAGUCUUUCUUGUUUUCUGGCCCAACGUCCCCACGAAUAAAAUGGAAUUUGGGGAGGAGAGAGAACGUUAAUCUCUUAAGAAUGUUGAGGAAGAAUGUCCUUGUUGACACAUCUAUAAGAUAUUUUGAUUUUCUUAAAGUGCUACACACUGCCAGUACUAGGAAUUUUAUUGAUGGUAACUUUGAACAUUCCACUUUCCCACAGUCUUAUCUUUGGAUACCAUUCACAAGCUCAUGAGGUUAACCCCUGAAAUUGCUUUUCCUUGGAAACUAUGGAUACUCCCCGUCUACAUGGAAUUUGUUCUUACCUUAUAGUUUUCACCCUUUAAGAGCUUGUCUACAGAAAAGGGUUAGGAGAGAGGAUGAGGCCUUAACUGUCCAUAAGCUGUUUUCGCCAGUAUUUCCUCUGGUGGACAUGAGAGUCUGAUGCCUUUCAAGACAGCCAGCCAUUCCCUUCUCCCCCCACCCUCCAAGCUUUAUGCUCUGGGGGGAAAAAUGUACAAAAAAGAACUCAAAUAGCUACUUUCCUCACUGGGAGGGCAGAUGUGAGAAUCAAAACACUCCCUUGUCACAACUCAUUUCUUUGGAGCCUCACAAGAAAAGGCUGGAAAAGGCAAGUAAUAUGCACAGGAGGGAGAAAUAAUUGGAUUUUGGAGAAAAAAAAGCUUUGGCCCUUGAGAGCUGUCCCCAAAACUUCAUGCCUGUGAGCCAUUUACUCCUUCCUUUUUUUCUGUCCUAUCUGGAAGAACAUGGAAAUUUAGAUUUGUGAGAAUAUGAGGGAGAAAAUACAAUAUAAAAAUAAUCAUGUGAGUUUUGAGGAAUGUAGACCAUAUUCUUUUCUUGCCUGGGUAACAUUCCAAAGGAGUCUGGCUAAGGCCAACAUAUCUAAGCUUUCAACAACUUUAUUUGCAAAAAAUGCUUCAUAAUUUUUCUUUGCUAUUUGAAAUCUAAAGACCUGUAGGGAAGGAAUUAUUAGACCCAGGUAAGGCUAAAGGAAAAGCUCACUUAGAUUCCACUGACAGAAAAGACAGUACUAUGAUAAUAAUUGUUUUCUGAAAACCUUAAGGCUGUCAUUGUCUCAUUCACUUUAAAGAGCUCAAAAGGGCUGACAUUUGUCCAUCGUCUUGGAUGUUUUUUAAUAGGAAAUGUUGUUCAUGAAAAUUCUACAUGGAAAUUGAAUGCAGAAAUAUCAUAUGGUCAUACUUUUUAUGAAAGACAUUUUUCUCUUAUUUUUAAUAUAAGUUGAAGUCAUAGGAGAAGAAUACUGUCAUUUUACUACAGUGCUUUAAUAUUAAAUGACACUAAGUAAAAACCUAAAAUUAACACUUCCGGGCUAUUGUCUUUUUCUAUUAGCCUGUUUGCUAAGAAAUUCCAAACUGUGGCCAGAUUUAGUUUUUAUCCAAAUGACCAACCUAACAGUUCAGUCAGGUAACCUACUUUAGCGAAGGGGGAAGAGCGAGAGAACAUGCAAAUAGCAAGUCUUGGAAUUCCUAAGAGUUAAUUUAACCAAGCAAAUCUGCCAGCGCAGGGAUAGGAAUUGCGUUAAUUCCCCACUUCCAUCAAGAACUAAGUCUGCAUUCCAGAGUCCAUGGAGACUAUUACUGUGACCUCAAUGACUGUGGCUACGAAUCUGAAGUUAAUAAUGCUUUUGUCUUCUCUUGCUAACGUAAGCCAUAUCUAUCACCUCUGUGUUGGAUUUUUUUUUUUUUUAAACCCUGGUGCUUUUACUUCUGUUUCUGCUGAACUUCAGACUACUCUGUGGGGAAGUAAAUAAAGCUAGAAGAGGGACAAAGAGAAAGACUGUGAAAAACUAGACAUACCCUUGAGAAAAAUGCUAUUUAUGCAGAGAACAGCAGCAAUGGAGGGCAAACUGUUGGAAAAUAUGGAUAUAUGUACAUCUGUACAUGUAUAUAGUGUAAAAUAUGUAUGUAUAUGUUAUUGCUCAUAUGCAGAAAUCUAUCCAUUUGCAGGCAGCCCAGGUGGGUCAGGUUUUCUAUUGGAAAACCAUUUAGGACCAUUCAAAACCUUUAGGAACACUAUAUGCAGAAUUCUAGUCACAUGGGAAUUUAUUUGCUGUCUUUUGAAGUCCAUCUGGCCAAAUGAACAAAGUAUGAAACAUAUUGGUACCAUAAUUUAUUUGAUUAUGUUUACUCAAAAGUCUAUAUUUGAAUACUUUUGAAUGUGUGUGUUUUGGCUUUUGUUGUUUGUUUUUUGUUGUUUGUUUGUUGUUUUGAGACAGGUCCUGGCUGUCCUGGAACUCAUCCUGUAGAGCAGGCUGGCCUUGAACUCACAGAGAUCUGCCUGCCUCUGCCUCCUGAGUGCUGGGAUUAAAGGCACGUGCCAUCAUGCCCAGCCUAUAUUUAAAUUUUAAUAUCUGAUUUGCAAACUGUGCCAACACUUCUUGGUUUUGUGUGAUCCCUUCCCCCUAAGCUUUCUGAGAAUUUGUGGUGGGCUUCUCUGGCCAUUCAGAUAAAAGGCCUUAUCCAUGACUGGACAGGUUUCCCCAUAGGGACCAUUACACAUAUACAUAUAAGUACAUACUUCCAUCAGGCUUGUAACAGUUGAUUUAAAAACCACUCCACAGUAUUGGUAAAUAGCUCUAUAUUUUCAAGGUGCAGAAGAAUUCCACAGCCUUAAUUAUUUCAGUGUCUUGCUGGUCUGCCUUAAGUGUAUCUUCCGGGGGUUUUGGGUUUUGGCUGUUUUAUUAUUUUAACUUCUCCUGCAGUUGUUCAUUUUGUAUGCACACGAUGUUGUUUUGUAAAGGUAGGUUGUAAAUAUCUUAUUUGGAAGUCAGAACCACUCAUGUGUAAUGUUGUAAAGUGCCGACCUGCUGUCUUGAUAUUACUGCUGCAGUAAACGUUCUAAGUUGUGGAUGAAACUUCAAAAAUGUACAUUUCACAUGUUAUGCAUUCCUAUAAAUAUAAUAUACUGACGAUACUA